AUGGCGACGGAAGAGAUCCCCAAGACGGGCAAGGCGGGCGUGGUCGUGAACGAGGGCCCGGAUUUUCACGUCGAAGUGCAAGAUGUGGAAGUUCCGGAACCGCAGGAGGGACAAUUGCUGCUCAGGCUGAAUUGUACUGGGUUGUGCAUGUCGGAUGUCCACUUCAUGCUCAAUGACUGGGCCGUGCCCCCAAUGUCCCAAUUCGGCACCAAAUGCGCCGGCCACGAAGGCGCCGGCGUCGUCGCCAAAGUCGGGCCCGGCGUGCAAGGCUGGAACGUCGGAGACAGGGCGGGCAUCAAACCCCUCUGGGACGUCUGCCACAACUGCGAGCACUGCUGGGUCGGCAGGGAAAAUUACUGCCAGAAGGGCGUUUAUACGGGCUUGGUGGCUGAGGGCACGUAUCGGCAGUAUGUGCUGUCGCCGGCGAUUUAUACGAGUCGCAUUCCCGAGGGGGUGUCGGAUGAGGUUGCUGGGCCGAUCAUGUGCUCCGCCAGCACCAUGCACCGCGCCCUCGUCGACUCCGGCCUCAAACCCGGCAACUGGGUCGUCUUCCCCGGCGGCGGCGGCGGCGUCGGAAUCCAAGGCGUACAACUCGCCAAAGCAAUGGGCAUGCGGCCCAUCGUAAUCGACAGCGGCCCUGCCAAGCACACCCUCAGCAAAGAAAUGGGCGCCGAAGAAUUCGUCGACUUCAAAGAGCACUCUGACGUCGCGGCGCGCGUCAAAGAGAUCGCCGACGGCAUUGGCGCCCACGGGAUUUUGGUCACGGCGUAUCAGGCGUAUAAGGAUGCGUUUUCGUUUAUUGGCGAUCGGGUGGGCAGUAAGAUUAUGUGUAUUGCGUUGCCGCCUGCGGGCGCGGUGACGUUGGGGACGGAUCCAAAUUUUUUUGUGUUUAAGAAUGUUAGUGUUAUUGGGACUUUGGUGGGGACGAUGCAGGAUACGGCGGCCGCACUAGAGUAUGCGCGACGAGGGCUUUUGAAGGGAAUCUCGGAGGUGAGGGGUUUGUCACGGUUCGAUGAGAGUGUGCAGGCGUUGAGGAGGGGGGAGAUUGCUGGGAGGGUGGUGAUUGAUUUUAACAAGGAGUAG